AUGCCAAUUAAUUAUGUGAUAGAUGAAACAAAAAGGGUCCAGUUAAUAAAAAAGUUAAAAGAAAAUUUAAUUGAAAAAGAUACCAAUAAUGAUAAUAAUAGCAGUGGUAGUAGUAGUAAUGAUUCAGUGAUUAUAAUUGGUAGUGAUGGUGGUGAUUAUAACAGCGAUGACACUAUGAUCAGUGGUAGUAGUAGUAAUGAUUCAGUGAUUAUAAUUGGUAGUGAUGGUGGUGAUUAUAACAGCGAUGACAGUGACGAAAUUUCACUGAUUGAAAACAAACUCGAUAAAGGAAAAAAACGCAAAAACAUUGACAAUGAUAACACUGAUAUUCAAUCAUUGAGUGACAUUACCAUCAAGAAUUUACCAACCAAGCCCAAGGUUGAUAAAGGAAAAAAACCAGUAAUCGGAUAUAAACCAAUGAAAAAACAAACAGCAAGACGCUCAAUACCAUUUCCUUUUAAAGCAACUGAUAUAAGUCAAUUCACUACUUCAACUUUGUCUUCUGCACUAUCAACUACAUCACCAAUUGUGCCAUCAAUUGCACCAUCAAUUGCAUCACCAAAUAUAUCCAAGAACACAAUAAUAAUUCCACCUAAGCUUACACCUACAAAUGAAAUUACAAUUACAACUCUAACUGAAAUAUCAACUAAUUCCACCACUACAGCCACAAAUUCAACCACAGCCUCAAUUAAACCAACA